AUGCCCAAAUCUACCUCCAUCGUCCACUUCCUCAAGGCUGCCAUCGAAGUCACCCCACAUAUCACCCUCCUAACCAUAAUCCUCUCAUGGUUCACCAUCAUCCCAACGCCAACGGAAAACUCACAAGCAUUCACAUGGCUCCUCCCCGCAGUCAUCGCCACCGUAUCCAACAUCAUUGUCCUGAUAUACUACGGAGCCAACCCUGCCUCAGACAAAUUUACCUCAUUCUCACACACCACCCUCACCCACCGAAAGAUCGCCUUCGCACGAGUAGAGUUAUGUGGCGCUGCGACGGUCUUCGAGAUGGUAUACAUAUUCGUCUUGUCGUUUUAUAAGCUUGUGACGAAUCCUCGGUUGGCCAUUGUGUCUGAAGAUGGGACCCUUUAUGGGGACGUUAUUUUCCUCGACGUGUUUUGCGCUUUGUAA